CUCUUCCAUGCUACUUCACUUCCAUCAUUCUUUUUCCAUCACUUUCCUCUUUACAUAUUUCCACAAACACUUUGAUAGACACACUCAAACUACUAAUGACACGACCACAACAACGUUUACGAGGCGUGAGGCAGAGACAUUGGGGAUCUUGGGUCUCAGAAAUUCGUCACCCUCUCUUGAAAACGAGAAUCUGGCUCGGAACGUUUGAGACUGCCGAGGAUGCGGCAAGGGCCUACGACGAGGCGGCGAGGCUAAUGUGUGGCCCAAGAGCUCGUACUAAUUUCCCUUACAACCCAAACGCGAUUCCUUCUCCCUCUUCCAAGCUCCUCUCCGCUACUCUCACCGCUAAACUCCACAAAUGCUAUAUGGCUUCUCUUCAGAUGACCAAACAGUCACAAACACAAACGCAGAACACGAGAUUACGGCCGUUAUCCUUACCGGACACUCACGGCGUUAACAAUGUCACUUUGGACGGUGGAACUCAGUAUAACACGGGAGGAGUAACGGAGAUGAAGUGUGACGAUGGAAACUCCAAUUUCAAACAGAACUUCAGGCCAUUAGAGGAAGAUCAUAUCGAGCAAAUGAUCGAGGAGCUGCUUCAUUACGGUUCCAUUGAGUUUUGCUCUGUUUUACCUAGUCAGUCGCUGUGAGAAACAGCCAUGUCGCUUUAGUAAAGAAGCUAAUAUUCUGUUUCUGAAACAGAGCAUUUAGCUUUGUUAUUUAGCAUACUAUUUCUUCCUUCCAUAAUACGGUGUCAUAUAAUGAGUACUAGUGAGGAGUGCUAACCAAUUUACAUUUUGAUCUGAAUUGGCCUCUUUGAAAUAUUCAUUCUAGUUUCUACAAAGAGCAAUCGAUCAUAAGCUAUGUAACGUAUAGUAAA